CUCCUUAGCCGGCAGCCAUGGCGGGUCAAGAGGAUCUGGUGCAGCGGGAGAUUGACCAAGACUGGGCGAACCGGGAGUACAUUGAGGUCAUCACCAGCAGCAUCAAGAAAAUGGCGGACUUUCUCAACUCGUUUAUGUCUUGUCGUUCAAGACUUGCAACACUAAACGAGAAAUUGACAGCCCUCGAAUGGAGAAUAGAGUACAUUGAAGCACGGGUGACAAAAGGUGAGACCCGCACCUAGAACUGUGCCAUGCUACUGCUGGGAAGUUGCUUUACAGAACACAGGCCUACGUGGGAAAGACCCCAGCAGCCUCAGCUCCUUCCUCUCUCCUUAAAGAGCAACAGGGCUUAUUCUUGUUUUUCUUUUUUCAAAAGCGUGGCCUUUGGGCUCUGCCGUGUACAUCAGUGUGUGAUGUGGCAUGUGGGAAGAAGUCCAGGGGAACUCUCGGAAACAACAUUAGGCAUUUUACCUUUUAAAGUAACAUUUUGUAGAACUGUUUGUCAACGUA